GUUAUAAUCCACUCAUGCGGUCCAAAGUAAUCGAAGGAUGCUUGCAAGCUCGCACAACAAGUAGCAGUAGCUAUAUGCAGCUAUGAUUGCCCGUAGUCGCGUUUGCAUCCUGAGACUCGGAGCUUUUAGUUUAAGCUGUUUGACAUGAUGGACACUGGAGCCAGCGCUGUGCGCUCCUUGACAGCUUGGCUAUGCUGCGCCUGGCUGGCACGAGCCGCAGCAGCCCUCAGGCGGAAGCCUUUAGGAACAACGGCAACCAUGUUCAUUACCACUGCUCACCGCUGCGCAUCAGUGCCUUUGUUCACGUUUUGGCCUUAUUUCAAGGGCGUCUCGGCCUCACGCCUGAUGCGCCUUUUGCCAAUUAUGGAGAUUAUCGUAUGCAUAUCGUGUCCGCUUCUGCCGCCGGCGCCAUUAUGGUUUGAAGUAGCAGCAGGCGCACUCAAUAUCUUGAUCAUCUUGUUAACGUGUGGAAGGUACGCCGGUGACGACGAACGAAUAGGUUGGCCAGCGACACAAACGGCUAUACUGUGGGUACUCAGCACAACCGCUUGCGCCUACUUCUCAGCGAUCCAACACUGCCGGGUGUUCACGCUGCGGCAGCAACGGCACGCUUGGAACCGUCAGGAACAGAUAGGGACGCAACGCCGUUCGGAAGGGCUUACACAUUCCACACCAUCCCCACAGUACGGCGACACGGCCGCAACGGGGCAGCCCGUGGCGACCUCCUGCAACGACUGUGUGCCCGCAGCAGCUGCAGCCCAGCGCACUCACUCCUCCUCCUCCUCCGCUGCUGCAGCGGCGGCGGCGGCGGCGGCGGCACCGCUGCGCCCCGCCACACCCGACACCUCGGAGAGCCCCUGCGUGCACGUCUCGGUGGACGCGGGGACCCUCCUCCGCUCCCCUGACGUCCUCCCUCCAACCCAUGACGCCUCGCUCUCCCUACCCCACGCCGUCGUCCAGCAACCCCACGCAACCGACAGCGCUGAUGCCGCCGCCAACCCGGGGACGCCGUCCGCAGUGCCAGCUUCACCAACCCUAGCUCCGCACCCACCCCCCUGCCGGUCUCCAGCAGCAGAGGCGGCACCGCACUCCGCGCCGCCUCGCGCCUACACGCCCUUCCUGCGCCG